AGAGCUCACGUCUCGAUGAUCCUUAUCGUUGGCCAAGGUCAGUUAAUUUUUCAUCGGCGAAGCCAGAUUUGCUUUUUUCCGUCGCGUUAGCACAAGAACGGCUCCAGCUUCCGAGUGCUGAAGCCAGAGCAGAACAAGCUCUUUGAGAAGCUAUGGGCGCCUAUGCUAAUCGGGCCUAAUAAUAGUUCUCGGCGCGUUUCCUACCGUCUCGCACUUGCUCCUCCUGUGACAGCGAAGGCGACGAGAUACUUCGGUCAUUUCAACUCAAAGCUUUAAGCAAGUAAAGCAUUCUUAUGCUUUGAACCUUAGGAAAGAAUAUAUUAAUCAUCUUGGAAUAAAGAAAGCACCUUCUUGAAUUGUGAAUUUGGAUCGUCAUUGUCUCAAAUCAGCACCACAUUUUGAUGAGUUUGCUUGAGAGGGCAGGGCGGCGUCUCAAUGUCUCAUGCAAGUGAAACUGGGCACCUUGGCCCCCAUCACCGGAAAGAUAUUCCAAUGCCUAAACAAACAUGCUUGCCUCAUUGCUUAGCACAAAAGUUGGCAAAUCUCAUCCAUCUCAUCUCCCAGCUCCCCCAUCCCAUCAUCUUCUACUGAAAAAACCAGGAGAAGUGGCCAUCGCAUGGCAUGACACACAACUUUGUCCAUCCCUUUUACUCUGGCAUCCAGCCUCUGUGACCUGGACGAGCUACCGGCGCGUGGAGCCCAGAAAGAACGGAGUGUCAUUCUCUUACGCCACUGUGACCGCCCUCAACCCCCCCCAAAGCCAAUGAAAGGCGGUUUAGUCGCUUCCUACCUCACUUGGUGAUCGUUCUCUCUUUCCGGUUGAUGGUUGGCGCUGUUUAUUUUUAGCAUUAAAAAACAUGGAUAAAUCGGUUGGACUACCAGACUAGGCUAAACCUUGCCUUAGUUUAAUGGAUUGCUGGGGAUGUUAGUUAAUGUGACCGAAUUUAUGGGACGGAAUUGAACCUAGACUGCACACUGCAGUGCAGUCCAAGCUGUACCCAUUUAUCUUAUCCCGGUCGGUGCAUUGGUGGAUCACCACAUUGCCAAAUGUGUUCAUCUUCCUUAGGGGAGAAGACUUGCUCCCAAAAGCACGCCUUACCUUUGGGUGCAUGUGGUGGAGACCAGAUAUUGGGUUACACGGCUGGACAUGAUGCCUAGGUUUUUUUUUUUUUUUGCGUACAACGUCAGGUGUGGUUGGGAUCACGGAUUCAACUGGCAUGCCCCAUAGUUACACUUACAUCUGCAUUGAUUUGUGGUUUAGCAGCAAUUUUAUGCUGUUGUUAGUGGCAGCUGACAAUAAUCUGGGGGGUACGAGUGUUGAAGUGGAUUCUGUGGUCCUCGGAAGAUUAGGCCUACAGCUGCCAGAUCGAUCUUCAUACUAGAAUCGCUUUGCCGAAACGCUUGCUUUUGCAUGAUUCACGUUGCUUCUUCGAGGACACCAACGCUGCCCCCCCCCCCCCCCCCCCCCCCCCCCCCACACACACACACACAAAAAAGACAAAGCUUCAAAGCCACUCCUAUAGUAGUUUGAGGAGCUGAGCAUCAUCAUAGGGGGCACUUGCAUGGUUUUGUUUGGACAAGGCCUGCAUAUACAUUGCUUCACUCCAUGCCCAUGAUUCUCCCUUUCCGCUACUAGAGAGCAGGGUAUAUCGUGUUGGUUAGCAUCGGUGCAAAAGUGGUUUAAGCUGCAAACAAUCGACUUUUCGUAUCUUUAAACGUAACAUUAGUCGGUUGUAACAGCUCUGCUCUCUCUCUCUCUCGGAUUUGUGAGCUUCCAGUUACCUGAAAGAUAGCAACAGCAACACGCAAGCCAGCUUUGGCAACAAACCAUUGUAUCCCUACUCGGAGUAGAGAUGGCAAUGGGUACCCGCUACCCGAAACCCGUUGGGUUUUUGCUCUAUUAGGGUAUGAGUUUGGGUCAAUUUCUCUACCCAUGGGUUUGUUAAUGGAUUCAAAUGGAAACCCAACGGGUACGUGGGUACGGGUUCGUUCUUCCACUACCCAUACCCGCAAACCCAUGGGUUUUUAAAACCCGCCUUAAAAUCAACAUUCCUUAUAAAUAUGUCUCAUAAUAUUAUUAAUUAAAUAUGUUCUAAUUGAAAUAAACUUCAUGUAACAAAUUUUAGGCUAAAAUUAGUUAUCACUUGUUCCUUUUAUGCUAGCUUAUUAAUGUAUUGAUUGUCAUUUACAUGAUGAAUUAUUUUUUAUGUUGAUGUUAGUGGGUAUGGGAAACCCGUUGGGUACCCGAAACCCGCAUGGGUAUGGGUUUGGGCAAAAUUUCAUACCCGUCAUGGGUAUGAGUUUUUUAGCGGGCGUAUUUUUUCUUCGCGGGUAUGGGUUUGGGCACGUAAUACCCAGCGGGUUUUUACCCAUUGCCAUCUGGGACUCGGAGGCCUGGAAAAUGUGAGUUUUAUUAUACGGGAGACAAUACGGUCCACUAAUGUGCCGUUUGGAUUGGAUUGGAUUGCCUAUCAAUCUAUCAUGAUAGGAGGCAGGCUCUAUCCGGUUCACUAGUAGAUGGGGAAACUCUGCCGUUUGCACCGGAUUACUCCAGCAACUUAUUCAUUCUCAUAUCUAUAUUUAAACUCUAAUCUGUAAAUAGUGCUGUCCACACUAUAUAAUAGUGUAAAACAGUAUAUAUAGGUAAACUUUGGAUAAUCCGCUGAUAGAAAGUAGGCUCUUGGUUUGUGGCGAUCGUUCAUCAUGGAUCAGUGUUGGGUGUGGCCGUGUGGGACGCGACGGCGUGCACCUAGUACAGAUUCCAAGCACUUCUCCCGUUGCUCUGCCCGAGACCUGUCUGACUGUAAGGUGGUAAGAUAGGGUACGAAUGUCUGGCCCGUGUGGGGCGUACCUUCCCGUCUGCAACGGCGGUGCGUGGGUGCCGUGUCAGCGCACUCGGUUUCGCCGUGCGGUGCGGCGGCGGCUUGCCGAAUGGCUCACUCAACCCGGGGGCCCGCCUCGCGGCGCACAUGCACCGACUCCUUGACACGGGAGCAAGGGCACUUGGAUACGGUAGCAGCCACGGCCACGCUUCCGCACCGCGUCUGAUGCCCCGUGAUCACGUGGCAGGCACGGGGAAUACUCCUUUUUCUCAGCAAUAUUUUUUGUCCUGACAGUGGCAGUAAUGGUGGUAAUCAUAGUGCAGCUGGUAAUCUCCAGAUUAUUCCUUGCAGUGUAAAAGGCUUGGCUGCCAGCGAGGCCGGAUCCCGCGGCUUGUGUGCACAGCAGCCUCCAUGCCUUCAGCUGGUGAUCCGAGCGCCGUUGCCCGGAAGAGGAACCCCACAAAAUAAAACUGCCCCACCCAUCAGCCCAUCACCCAACCCAACCACCUCACCAGCUUUUUAUAUACCCGCGCACCCCGGCGCCAGCUACCCAUGUCAGACGACGCGCCAUCGCGCCUCCACCACCCCGACCCUGACCCCGAACUCGCCGUCGCAACAGGCCAAGACGCAGCAGUAGAAGCACCACCACCACCACCACCGGCACACGACCCCGGCGGCAGCGAGUGCCGGUUCUGCGAGAUGACGCGGCAGCACCAGCCGCAGUGCGCGCGGCGGCUGCCGAAGCGCAUCAUCCUGGUGCGGCACGGCGAGAGCCAGGGCAACCUGGACAUGUCGGCCUACACCACCACGCCCGACUACCGCAUCCCGCUGACGGCGCUGGGCGCGGAGCAGGCGCGCGCCGCGGGGCAGCGCAUCCGCGACGUGGUGGCGGGCAGCGGCAACUGGAAGGUCUACUUCUACGUGUCCCCCUACGCGCGCACCCGCGCCACGCUGCGCGAGAUCGGCCGCGCCUUCCCGCGGGACCGCGUCAUCGGCGCCCGCGAGGAGUGCCGCGUCCGGGAGCAGGACUUCGGCAACUUCCAGGUGGAGGAGCGCAUGCGCGCCGUCAAGGAGACGCGCCAGCGCUUCGGCCGCUUCUUCUUCCGCUUCCCAGAGGGCGAGUCCGCCGCCGACGUCUUCGACCGCGUCGCCAGCUUCCUUGAGUCGCUGUGGCGGGACAUCGACAUGGGGCGGCUGGACCAGGACCCCAGCUGCGAGACGAACCUGGUGAUCGUCUCCCACGGCCUCACCUCGCGGGUGUUCCUGAUGAAGUGGUUCAAGUGGACGGUGGCCCAGUUCGAGCGCCUCAACAACUUCGACAACUGCGAGUUCAGGGUCAUGCAGCUGGGCCCCGGCGGGGAGUACUCCCUCCUCGUCCACCACACCCAGGAGGAGCUCCAGCAGUGGGGCAUGUCGCCGGAGAUGAUCGCCGACCAGCAGUGGCGCGCCUCCGCCAACCGCCGCUGCUGGGCCGAGGAGUGCUCCUCCUUCAUCGACACCUUCUUCGAGGAGCCCUACGGCUCGUCGGAGACCUCCUCCUCGGACGAAGACGAAGCAGAGGACAAGGAGGAGGAGACCAAGCUGCUGGAGCAACUAUAACUGGUUUCAUCCACAUCCAAUCCACCCAUUCGCCUCGUCCUUUGAAAUUCUCUCCAUUGGAUUGGAUCUUAUACCAUGUGGGAAGAGCGGAGCAGUGAUGCUGCAUUCAGUCAUCGCUGAUCCCUCUCUUAUUCGAAAACAGUCUGUAGCAUGUUCAUAAUAGCUAUUAGCUAGAACUAGAAAUGAUUCGAGGGCAAUUUCAGAAAAUGCUAAAGAAACAUAUGCUGUAUCUCAAGGUUUUAGCUCUGACAUGAUUCUGUAUGUUCCUAGAUAUAAGAACGCAUACAUUCUCUAUUCAAAAUAAAAUGCUCAGAGGAGAUAAAUUUGUCUCGA